AUGGUGGUGUCUUCGGAGUGUCAGGCGUCUGCCGUGCUCGGCGUCCCACCGUACGUCGCCGCCAGGGCCUUCAAGGACAUCACCUGCAUCAAGGAAUUUGGUGCAAAUAAGUUGAUCUCUUGCUGCAUCCUCGAGACGCUGCAGGAUUCUUCCACCGUCGGCACGCUGCGCCGCAUAACACUCGCACUACCGGGGCUCCCGGCCUCCAUUCUCCGAGAACGGCUGGCGUCCGUGGAGGAGAAUUCCUAUCGCACCUGCGUCCGCAUGGACUACGUCCCAUGUGACCUGGAGGAGGCCCACCGCUCGCCGUUUGGCGUGGAGGGGACAAGGCGCCUGCUGAACGCCUCCACCUUCGUCACUGUUACAGCCGUCUCCAAAAACCCCCACCGAUGUUUCUUAGACAUUUGUGCAAAAUUCACCGUGGACAUCGACGUUCCACCGGGCGGAAGAGAAAGGGCAAUCGACAACCCAAUGUACCGCGAUAUUCAGCAGUUUUGGGAAUUGUACGUCACAUGCACGGCUACGGCCUUGGAGGACUAUCUUCUCUCGACGGUAUUUGCCGUCCCUGAGCGCCGCAUUGAGUUUGGGUCUGAGAAGGAAUUUAACGAGACCGAAAAUGAGUACUGCCAAUGGGCUGCGCAAAGGCGUGAGCAGAUUCCGCGGGACGAGGCAAUGCGGGUACUCGAGAAGGCCAUCAAUGCCUGGCUGCGUGAGCGCUGUGAACUUAAGCAUCAACUGAUGAUCAACUCACAGUUGAUUGCGGAUGCGGCCGGGUCGUCAGCCGUGGCCGCUGCAGCAGCACAUCGUCUCUCGUUGGGCACCGCGAGCGAAAUGUCAGCUUCUGAAAAUUUGGCACCCAGACAGCCACGCCGCACAACAGCCACAACGCUUCCAAAGGGUAUUCCGACAGAGGUGAGCAAAUCAUCCCCGGUCGUCGGAGACAGCUGUGAGGUGGGCAUGGAGAAGUCGGAGCAUGUGCCGUUCUUCUCCCCUGGUGGUGGACGUACUUUGAGUCCUAAUCCAGCGGAACGCGAGACGGCGGCGAAGGUGCCGUCCGAGGCACGGAACUCCAUGUCACCGCACCGACCUGCGGCAACGGUGUUUCAAAAGGACCUCCUUUUCAAUUUCUUGACAGAGCUCGGCACAGUCAAUGAAAGAGUGGCACAAACGCUUUUCGAGUCAUUGGACACCAAUCAUGAUGGCUUCAUCACGGAGCGAGAAGUAUGCAUGGUGCUCAGCCAGCUGGACCCCUUGGGUCUCUACGAGGACCGAGAUGGAACAAUGCGCCUAAUGGACGAGUACCGGCAGGCGGUAGGCGCAGGCAUUUUCAGAAGUACUGCGAGCAGUCGGAACUCUUCAGACGCGCACGGAGCUGUUUCUACUGCUGCCGCUGCCAAUACUGCCGCUGAUGUUGCCUUGUCCAACAAUUCUGCGACGGGAUCGUCAAGGAAGCAGGAAACGGAAGGAAAAGAGGCUGCGACGGAAGGACUCACCCCACUUCAGGCUCUGAUUCGCCGUCACAAUGAACAGAAGAAGACCAUGUGGGAAGAAAUGCUCAAGAAGCGUACAUCUGAGGUGAUGAGUCAUUAUGCAUACAGGGCUCGCGGGAAACUGCACUACGACGAAUUCUGUUUGAUGCUGCUGCAUCUUUUGAAGGAAUAUUGA